CAAACAGUAGCAUACAAGUUUCUAUUAAUAAAAAGUAUGUCUACACAUAGUGAGUGGAAAGGAGUUCCCAUAUCGCAUAUACAAGGCUCGAAUUCGCCCUGGGGUGCUCCAGAGUUCCCGCUCAUUCAGCCUGCAUACAAUCACACAGUUCUGUAUCAUAUUCCCAGUAAUGGCGCUACCCUCGAUAGGCCUCCAAAGCCUCAGAUUGGUAGAGACAAAUGGGACGAUGAUCAUGUAAGACUCCCGUGUUCACCACACAGCUUGUAUCCUGUUGAAAAUAGUUCAGGCAGCAAAAAUAUAGUGAAUCGCUGGGAGAUGAUACAAAGGGCACUGAAUCGGCCCAUGAGGAACAGCAAAGAACUAGCUGAUGCCAUCCUGAGUUAUAACACACAAUAUAAGACCAGAUGGAAAUUUGCAGCUCUGCAUGGACUUUUCAAUGGGUAUCUAGAAGAAGAAGAAUCAAAAUAUUUUUUUGAUGUGACUUUACCUGAAAUUGCUAAGCUGGCUUUAGCAUUGCCAAAAUUGAUACAGUCACCUAUUCCUUUAUUAAAACAAGACAAGGAUAGAUCUAUUUCCAUGUCGCAGCAGCAGAUUUCAUGUUUAUUGGCUAAUGCCUUCUUCUGUACGUUUCCAAGAAGGAACACUAUGAAAAAGAAUUCGGAAUAUUCCACAUAUCCACACAUCAAUUUUAAUGUGCUUUUCAACUGUUCACCAGCGGAUCAUGUGAUGGAAAAACUAAAAUGUAUUUGCCACUACUUCAAGCGCGUGUGCACUAAAGUGCCGGUAGGCGUGAUGACGCUGCGGCGACGUGUCGCGCGUACCACGCCGCAAUGGGCGCAAGCGAGACAGCCUAUUUCGGCGUUGCCGUUACACAUAGACCCAAGAGGCACUAUAGAGGACGCCGAGGGGCUGAUACAAGUGGAUUUUGCUAAUAAAUAUCUUGGCGGUGGAGUACUGAAUUAUGGCUGUGUGCAAGAGGAAAUUAGAUUCAUGAUAUGUCCAGAACUCCUUAUAUCGCUUCUAGUUACAGAAGAGUUAAAACCCAAUGAAGCCCUCAUAAUGAUUGGCAGCGAGCGCUACAGCAACUACACGGGCUACUCGUCAACAUUCUCGUGGGCGGACGUGCACGCUGACGCCACGCCCCACGACUCGAGCGGGCGGCGCCGCACCGCCGUGCUAGCUGUCGACGCGCUGCCGUACCGCAGCCGCGCGCACGAGUGUACCCCGCACCACGUCACUAGAGAGCUGAACAAGGCGUGGACGGGCUUCUCAAUGUACGGGAACGAAACACCGGGCGAGGAGGCGUGUGACGUCACACUAGAGUACCCCGGCGUCGCGACCGGCAACUGGGGCUGCGGCGCGUUCGGAGGUUCCGCCGAGAUCAAGUGGCUUGUGCAGGCCAUAGCUGCUAUACGCGCGGGUAGAGCGCUCGCCUACUUCACAUUCGGAGACACAAAGCUGAGGGACGACAUUGCAAAAGUUUAUGCCCUACUUUCCUCAGAUCAUGUUACUGUCGGUGAGCUGUACGGAUACUUAUUAAAAUACUGCAAAACUGACGUCUGCAAGAUCAGUUUCAAUGCCUUUUUAGAGCAGACUUUAAAGGAGCAACCACCAGCAUCCUGUGCCGAAACAGUAGAAGUAAUGGACUAUACUAUGGAAGACGCGAAAGAAGAUUCGCUCGCAUUCCUCAAGCAUCUAGAAGAGUCCCCGGACAUGUUUACUGAUGAUGAUGAACCUACGACUGUCUCCGAAACCGAUGGCUGCAGUAAAGUUCCAGAAAAUAAAAUAGUAGAUAUCACUGACGACAGCGAUGAAAAUAAAACAAGUAGUCUGGAACGUAACAAAAUGGCGCCCAUAAACAAAAUAGCGCCAUCUACCAGCGACAAAUCGGACAACAACAUGGCGUCGUCAUCAGGCAGUACAACAUUCAUAAAGAUAUUAGAAAAAGAAACAAAAGACACCAAAACCUCAAAUACUUCGAAACUGUUCGAAGAAAUGGGAAAAUUAGACGAAGAGAGUGGUAAAUUGAAUUUAAAUAGUCCAAAGAAAUUGUUCUUCAAAAACAAGUCCGAAUCAGAAAAUGUUGAGGAUAAAGUACAUUUUGAAGUUACAUCUGAAGUGAAAAAGAAAAUGUCAAAGAAAAUAACAGAUUACUUUUCCAAAAAACCCACGUGACUGUAUUAAAUGUUGUAAAUUGAAUUCAAUAGA